AAAAAAGCCUCUCUGUGCCCAAAUCUAAAGCCGCAGACGCACAAACACCACUGACAGGCACUGCUGCGCCAUCAUCAGCCCCCAAACCUCUCCAGGGAUCCGCUGCUGCUGCUGCUGCGACUUUCAUACUUCUUGUUUUUGUAAAACAAGCCUGGAUAAGUUUGUUUUCCCGGUUUUAGCGACUUCUUGGUGGAAGGGCGUUUUUAUCAUUCACCACUUUUUCCUCUUCAGCACUUGAUAGAAUAAAAUGACCGAUGCAAGGUGUAGAAAUCCCCCGCAGGUACGGACGGAGUUAAACAGCCUGUGAGCUCUUGAGGAGCUGGAUUUGGGAUUGUGGGGAAACUCGGCUGUAGGUGCGUAAAACUCGGAGGAUAAUUUAUUUGAGCGACGGGAUUUUUUUUUUUGGAGCUAGAUUGAAUUCUGAAUCCUCUCCACGCUUUGGCACUCACAUCCGGAGACGCGGUGGGGAUUUCGGGGAGCGGAGGAGACUAUAAGCUGAGAAAAUAACACACUUCUGGAUAAUUCCCCCCCCAACAAGGAAGCACCUAAUGUUGCACCCCGUGACUCUGCUGCUGCUCUCCAGUGAUCUAUCCUUACACUGGGAUUCAAUCUCCCACUUACCCCCGGAGUUGUGCGCGUAAAGUACGCGCAAGGUGAACGAAAGCGAGAUAGAGGAGGGGGGGCGAUUUCGCCAACCUUUUCCUGGGGCUCUAACUCUGUGGAAGCAGGUGUAUUUCAGGUGUACUUCUGCGAGUCAAGAUGUCUCUGCUGCCUUCGAGGUUCAUAUACGUGUGUUUACAUUUUCUGGUCCUCUAUUUCCAGCUACAGGAGUCCCAGCAGAGCUCCGCAGAUUUUAGGUUUUACAUCGAGAACCACACGAGGAACCCCGACGACCUUAGCCGGAAGCAGGUCCGGAUCUACCAGCUCUACAGCAGGACCACGGGGAAGCACGUCCAGAUCUUGGGGAAGAAAGUCAACGCCAACGGAGAUGAUGGGGGCAAGUAUGCUCUUCUUGUGGUCGAGACGGAAACCUUCGGGAGUCACAUUCGAAUAAAAGGGAAAGAGAGCGAACAUUACAUCUGCAUGAACGAGAAGGGCAAGAUAGUAGGAAGGCCCGAUGGAAGGAAGCAGGAGUGCGUCUUUGUCGAGGAAUUUCUAGAGAACAACUACACGGCUCUCGUGUCGGCAAAGUACAAAGGCUGGUACCUCGGCUUCAACAGGAAGGGCCGGCCCAAGAAGGGCUCGCGGACCACGCAGAGGCAACAGGAAGUCCACUUCAUGAAGCGCCAGCCCAAAGGCAGGCUGGACCCGCUGGAGGAGUUCCGAUUCACCACAGUGACUAAGCGGACACGAAGGGCUCGGCGGUUAAAACCCAACUCCAAGAGGAACUGAUUUGGACCAAUGGGAUAGCACUAAUUUUUCCUCUGAAGGGGGAAAAAAAAAACUCAAUCUCAAGCUUCUUGUCUUAAAGAAUCACCUUAAAGACUUCACUUCUGUAAAGGAAAAGACAGACACAAAAAAAGAACAAAAAAAAAGAGUCAAAGAUGUUUUAUUUUUGUAUUUCAGCAUGACUGAGUAUUUUCCUUACUCUUGGAUUCCUCGGGGGUUGAUGUCAUUGUGCUAAUCUUGUCAAGUUAUUUAUACUGGAUAAACUAAAAGGACCUCCGAGAGAAUUCCCUGUCGCUGUCGUCCUCAGCUCCGUUUUUGAACUGCAAGCUUGAAGGCAUACUUCUCUUUUUGACAAUGGGGGGGGGGGCCGAAAGCAGGAGCUGACGCAAUGUUAUAAAAAUCAGCCAACUAGAGAUUUAUUGGAAUACCUGUCGGUUUUUGUUUGUGUUGCCCCUGACAACGCGGAUCCCAUACUUUCCACUGGAAUCAGACACCGUGGAGAUGAAACGGAGAGGAGGGGAGGAGGAGGCGGUGGCGGUCGCAGGUGACACUGCUGCUGCCGGGAUCACUGUGUUAGCUUUGAGUGCAAUAUUUUACAGGUCUCUCUCUCUCUCUCUCUCUUUUUCUUUUUCUUUUCUUCUUUUUUUUUUUCCAUACGUCUCUCAACCUCAGCUUCACUCCUGGAAUGCUCUGAACCCUUCCGAGUGCUGUGUGUGUGAUUUCCUUGACGUUUCCAUGCAGCCUGUGAUUCAGCUAAAACACGACAUGCUUUGACUAGUCGGGCACCAGCCGAGGCUUUAGCCUUAUUCAAACACUAAAAAAACAACAAGACAAAAACAUAACAGCUGAUGUGAUUCAUAACUCCACCAAGUCUUCCAACUUUAUCACUUUUGAAAGACGGAUGUUAAUCCCUUUCGUCUCCACCUGGACUCGUUUUUUUUUGUUUUUUUUAAUCUUCCUGAAGUUGUGUUGAUUCUUUGAGUGUGAGCUAGCUCAAAAUGUUUGGGGUUGGUGAUGAAGACUUCCUCUACCUCCUUUUUUCUUUUUUUUAUUAUCUUUUUAUAUGUCCGACUUUAUUUUGAGUUAAUCUCAUGAAUCGGUCGACGGUGAGCUCUUUUGAUCUUUUCGUCCUGAUUCACCUUUAUUCACUCUUUUCCAAUCUCACUGGAUUUGUUUUUUAAAACCUUGUUUGUCAGAUCCACCAGGCAGGACUACUGUAGCUCUAAUCGACUCCGACCACUUCAUAAAUCCACGUUCGACAAUUAAGACUUCUCCCCAUGUGACCGACUUAUCCGGGAUUCUUGGAACAUUUUUCAGUUUGAGUGUGAAUCCUGAAACGACGGGGGAAAUGUCUUUGCUUCUGUCACUCUUUUUCUCACUUGACGACAAACUCCAGCCCUCCCUCCUCACCUGUAGUAUGUAUUCACCUGUCUGCUGGCAGGUUGUUGUUUUUUUUUUGUAUGAACUGCUACUAACAACAUGACACAUUUACAAUUUCUUUUUUAAAACAAAUGUAAGCAAAAAUAAUUUUAUGACUAUUAUUAAGAUAUUUAUUGCCUCCCUUUGUAAAUAAAAUGUGAUGAGUUUUAU